ACGCCCCAUAAAACAUCGAACACAAUUACACCUGCGAUAAUAUCCGUAUUCACACCGAGCUUGUUCGACGAGUCAUAGCAAUUUUUUACGUGAUCCAUUAAGCAUCGGAUAAUUUGGUCGGAAAAAUGGUGACACUGACUGCGACCGUCAUCGUGUUCGUCCUGUGCGCCUGCAAGGCGCAAUGGUCAGCGGCCAAUAAGGAAGUCGAUGCGCGCUUCAUCAACGGCGCCAACCUGGAAUGGUGCAAGUACAUCCCGGAGAACAGCUUCCCCAGCUGUCAGGGCCGCCGGAAGGGCAGACCGAUCCCCGUAACGACACCGACGCCGGGCGUCGCGUCCAGCAGCACGGAGGAGGCGGACGCAGGGAUGAUGGCGGACGCGGAACAGCCACCGCCACUAUCUCCGGCCCCGCCACGGCAACGUCCCUCCGACACGGAGCACAUCAUCGACCCGGCCUUCCGCAGUCUGGGCAACGAACCCCUACCGGCCGAUCGCGUUAUGUCGGCCGCCGGGAGCUUCGAAGGGGAUAUUCUGGGAUAUGAUCCCAACAUUCCGCCCUCCACCGACCAACUGAAGCAGCAAAGCAAGACCUUCAUCACCGACGACAAGAAGAAAUGGCCCAAAGCGACGGUCGUCUACGUCAUGUCGCCAUAUUUUCGGCCUCUGGAUGCGCAACAGGUGCGCGCCUCCCUGCAGACCUUUACCGGGAAGACCGGUGUGCAGUUCAAGGUGCGGACGGUAGAGGCCGACUACCUGUACAUCGGACCCGGCAUCGGCUGCCAGUCCUUCACCGGUCAACACGGCGGCCAGCAGCUGCUCAGUCUGCAGAUGCCGGCGUGCAAAAGCAGCGGUGUAAUACACCACCAACUCAUGCAUGCAGUCGGCUUUUACCACGAGCAAUCGCGAACGGACCGCGACCGCUACGUGGAGAUCAACUGGGAAAACAUCGCUGUUGAAAACCAUGGACAGUUCCAAAAGUAUACCGCCGCGGAGAUAACAGCGUUUGGCGAAGAGUACGACUACCGCUCGCUGAUGCACUUUGGACAGUACGACUUCGCCCUGGAUCCCGGCGUCUUCACCAUCCGCCCGCGGAGCAACGACACCAACGCCACCCAGGCGGUGGGACAACGCGUGUCCCUCAGCGCCGUCGACGUCAUCAAAAUCAAACUGGCCUAUCCGAAAUUCGACAGUCGCUGUCCCACGGAGAAGGGCUGGGUGCAGCCGGGCGACAAGAAGUGCUACUUCUUCUCUUUUCAAGCCGACAAAAAGGUCGCCCGGUUCGCGGAAGCGCGCAAUUACUGCCGGCUGCACAGCGCCGCGUUGGCCACGGAGCAGCCCAACAGUCUGCGGUACAUAUACAGCGUGAUGGAGAGCAGCGGCGUCUUGCAGCCGGAGGACGCCGUCUGGAUCGCCAACUGCAAGACCAUCGCGCGCAACACCAACACCGCCGACGACAACGCCGAGUGCACCGCCGAGGCCGGACAGUACUUUGUCUGCUAUAAACGCCUAGAUGCCAACGCUGUCGAGUGACCUAGCCACUGAAAAUACAACUGUGCACAGUUCCCUGUUUAGUCAACUAAGCGCUCAUAUAAUGUAGCGCCCUGAUAUGUUGUGAA